UCGUUACCCUCCCGCCUAUGCAACCCGCCAUCUUGUCGCGUCGAGGAAAAGAGACAUAGCCUGCCUAAGAUAUGUCGGACUACAGCAGCGUGGCUCCCCCAUCCAGCGGCGGCGGAAUGAAUGACGCUUAUAAAGACGCUCUUCAGCGAGCGCGACAGAUCGCAGCGAAAAUCAGUAAUGAUGGCGUUGCAGCCCCUCCGACGAGCGAUUUCAACUACGGAGGCCAGAAAAGGCCCCUGGAGGACGCUGGUGGGUAUUUUCCCAUGCCUAACCUGAAUAUCGACCAACCAGAGACGAAGAAGGUGGCAACCAAUGAUGCCUUUUCUGCUAUGGCAGCAAUGGGUGGCCCCCCAAGAUCAAUAUCGGAGGAAUUCAAGGUUCCCGAUGGAAUGGUUGGAUUCAUCAUCGGCCGAGGUGGCGAACAAAUCUCACGUCUGCAGCAAGAAUCGGGAUGCAAAAUACAGAUCGCCCCUGACAGCGGAGGCUUGCCCGAUAGGUCUGUGACGUUGACGGGGGGACCAGACGCUAUUCAGACGGCAAAGAGGCUGCUCACAGAGAUCGUUGAGAAGGGACGACCGUCCCCGGCGUUCCACCACAGCGACGGUCCGGGCAUGACGGUUCAGGAGAUUAUGGUCCCUGCCUCUAAAGCCGGCCUCGUCAUUGGCAAGGGAGGCGAGACCAUCAAGAGUCUUCAGGAAAGAGCCGGAGUAAAGAUGGUCAUGAUUCAAGACGGCCCCCAAAACACAGGCGCCGACAAACCUCUCCGUAUUUCAGGAGAACCCUUUAAAGUUCAGCAAGCCAAAGAGAUGGUGAUGGAGCUGAUCAGAGAUCAGGGCUUCAGAGAGCAAAGGGGCGAGUACGGCUCCAGAAUUGGAGGCGGCGGCGGCGGCGGCAGUGGCGGCGAGACAUUAGAUGUUCCGGUUCCCCGGUUUGCAGUCGGAAUUGUGAUCGGCAGAAGCGGAGAGAUGAUCAAAAAGAUUCAGAGCGACACGGGGGUCAGGAUCCAGUUUAAACCAGAUGAUGGUAGCGCACCAGACAGGAUAGCACAGAUCAUGGGUCCUCCUGAGCAAGCGCAGCAUGCAGCAGAGAUCAUUUCAGACUUGCUGAGGAGCGUCCAGGCCGGCGGGCCUCCGGGCCACGGCGGCGGCGGCGGACGAGGCCGAGGACGCGGGCAGGGAAAUUGGAACAUGGGGCCUCCGGGUGGGCUCCAGGAGUUCAGCUUCACCGUCCCGACCAUGAAGACUGGCUUAAUCAUCGGAAAAGGUGGUGAGACUAUCAAAGGAAUCAGCCAACAGUCAGGGGCCAGGAUUGAGCUGCAGAGGAAUCCUCCUCCUCCCUCUGACCCCAAUGUUAAGAUGUUCACUGUCAGGGGAUCGCCCCAGCAGAUUGACUACGCCAGGCAGCUGGUAGAGGAGAAGAUUGGGGGACCCGUCACGCCAAUGGGUGGCCCACAUGGGCCCCCUGGUCCACACGGAGGUCCAGGCCCACAUGGUCCUCCAGGCCCCCCGGGACCCCCCGGUGCGCCGAUGGGGCCGUACAACCCCGGGCCGUACAAUCAGGGACCCCCGGGACCACAUGGCCCCCCAGCACCAUACCAGCCUCAGGGGUGGGGCAACGGCUACCCACACUGGCAGCAAGGACAGCCUGAUCCAAGUUCAGACAAAGCAGCUGCAGAUGCUAAUGCCGCAGCGUGGGCAGCGUACUACGCUCAGUAUGGCCAGCAACCUCAGGCUCCCAUGACGCCGUCCAGUGGUGCGCCAGGCACCACUCAGUCCAACGGUCAAGGUGACCCACAGGCUGCAGGUCAGAGUGGACAGGCAGAUUACACCAAGGCCUGGGAGGAUUAUUACAAGAAAAUGGGUCAACAAAGUCAACAACCUCAGGACUACACUAAAGCCUGGGAGGAGUAUUAUAAGAAACAAGGUCAAGCGGCCCCUCAGGCGGCAGCACCGGCGGCCGCCGCGGCCCCCGCCACCCAACCCGGCGGGCAGCCGGACUAUAGCGCCGCUUGGGCCGAGUACUACCGGCAGCAGGCAGCUUACUACGGCACGGGGAACCCACAGACCAUGGGAGCGGCACCACAAGCCCCUCAGGCUUUACAGGGUUCCGGUGUGAGCAGCAGCAGCAGUAGUAGCAGCAGCGUUCUAACCUAAUAAACCUUCCUCCCUGAACAGGAUGUCUGCAGUAUUUUUUCCUGCUGUUAACAUGCAUUGUAUCUUCUAUGUAUUUCUCCUGCACAGGGCCAGUAAUGCGAAGUGGACAUAACGUAAAUGCUUCAUUGUUGAACACAAAAUCCUUUGUUAAAUGUUUGGAUGCAGACGCCUCGGUGAAGAUCUUAAAUUUCCUUGGUGUUUCACGUAGAUGUCAAAUGACCUGACGAGCACAUCCUCUCUCCUCCAUUUAUAUACACACUUGUGUUUUUCUUGUAAAUGUUUUGUUUUUAGUGAGGCUACUCAACUCAUUCCAGCCCUGUAUCUCUACAUUGAAUGUGGUUAGAAGUCAUGUUUGAAUUGUAGACGUUACCAUGUAAAUCAUCUCGGUUUUAAAAGGAAAAGCAAUGCUUCUUGCCUGUUGUGUUUUUUGCAAUAAAACAAACUGAAACCUCCUGUGUUGGUAAGUUGGGGCUCACCUAGUGAGGAGAAGAGGGCUGGCCGGUCGGUCCGGCCGGCCGGCCGGCCGAAUGUCACGUUAGCUACUAACUAGCGAGCCACCUGUGGGUUGACACAAAGCGAUGAUCUCCUGUUUCUCUCCAACUGUCUACAAGACGCUUGUUGAUUUGACACUUGCCGUUUGCUGCCAUGCUUUCUUUCUUGAUGACUUGAGCCAGACGACUUGUGCGCAUUGUUGUUGUUGUUGUUUAAAGUUGUCGAGCUAGUAUGCCCAUGUGAUUUGUUUUUAUGCCUUGACGUGUAGACACUUCCUCCUCCACAGGCGAGUGUAGAAAAGUGGUAAGCAAGUUUUGUUUCUUUUAAUCCCCUCUCGGAAAGUGAUUGCAAAGAAAUGUUGCCUAUUUUUAUUAGUGUUCCCUUAUUUUUCUUCCAGGACAGUCAGGUAAAUUGUAUGAUUUUUUUUUUCCGUCCUGCCCACCCAUGUACAAAAUGAUCAAAGCGAUGCAAAAAAAGUCAAAAAUUUUUUUUGCUCUGUCACUGCUGUUAGUGUCUUUUCCAUUACGAGCUUUGAGCUCUGUUGGCUCGGGCAUGGGGCGGCUAACGCAGUCCACAUCCAAGUUGAGCCCUCCUAUCCUGUAAGUACCACAAGCUGACAGCCUAAUGAUGCUUGCAAAUGAUGGAUGAUAUUUAUGUCCCAUUUUGCCCUCUCUUUUGUCUUUGGGUAAGUAUGCACUGUUGUGAAGCCAGGCGUAGACUUUGACUGUUGAAUUCAUAUUGUAGCACUUGCUGCGUCAAACACAUCAGUGCUGUUGAUUCACCGUUGGAUACUUUUUUGCUCGGUUGUCGGUCGUCGUUGACUUGUUCUCUUGAAAUGCCCGCCCUUCCCCUUCUCUCACGGCCACUGAUCAAAAUGUACAGCGUAGCAUGUUCUCAUUUAGCCUUCUGUUGUGUUGCAAAUGUCAUAUUUGAGCAUGUCAUACUGAAUUGCGGACUUGUCACAUGAAUAUCGAUUGAUUUAAAUUGAGCACUGUGAAAAAGUAUUGGAUUUGACGUGACCAGAUCAGAAAGGAGGAAUCGUAUUGACUGCAUAUAUAGUGCAAUAUAUACAUAUAUACACGUAUAUCUGAUCUUUGCAGUGUUCACCCCCAGACCUUACACCUUAGGUUCUGCUGCAGUAACUCAGGUAAGCAAAGCCUAAGGAACUAAUAGUGAAAUACAGUGGAACCCCCAAAGAUUUAUUAUUAUUUUGCGGACGAAUAUGCAUCGGAUGGAAAAUGUCAAACCUUAAAAGCGAACGUUCCGUGAGAGAGCGCCGACUUCACAACUCUGUUUCUCUUGCCUUUGCGUUGGUGUGGGAAGUCGAAAGGCACCCGUGAUACCAUUUUGUUACCGCCGGCCGUAUUUUCAAUUGACGUGUUUAGGUUGUUUCCCUAAUUGUUUUCCCUAUUGCAAUGCCUGUUUCUGUGAUUUGACUAUGUAAAUUCUACCGGAUCUAAUUGGCCUCAUUCAACAGCUGAAAGAAAUACAAUGGAAAUGUUAGGUAGUGUGUUUUGUUUUCAAGUAUGCCAAUGAUUUAGAAUCGAUUAAGUAGGAUGUUAGUUUUGCUCCUGACCAAUUAACACGCAAUCGCAACAAAGUGACAGGAACCCAUUUCCUGACAAAGGAAUUUAACAGGCGGGUUAAAAGGGUUUGAUGCUGGAGCUCAAUGACUUGUCAAAUUGUGUCUUUGUCAUUUGGAGAACGACUUGUAAGUGAACCGACGCCAAUUAGUUUGGCUUUGGAGGUUCCACUGUCUUGUUUGACGAUUUGACCACUUUUCCAUCCAUGCAAAGUAAUGCUGACCUUGUCCAUGAAUUCAUGCUUAACUGAUGAAAAUUGACUCGUAUGACUGGAUUCAAAAGUAUAAAGUUGUUGGUUAUGAGGAAAUAUUGCGUUUAUGCAUAUUACGAUAGGCCUUUACAUAUUUUUCCUGCAUUCUCGUAGAGCUGCUGCAGAAGGUUAGGGCAAUUUUCUGAAGAAAAAAAAAAAAUAUGCUGACCAAUGUUCUCUGGUGGUGUGUAUUCUGUCGAAAGCGCAGUGCUGACGUACUCAUUGAAACGCCUUCACUUCUCGCUCACAGUGUUGGAGGAUGCUGCAAGCUUAGGCGCUAGAAUCAGAGCCUGUGGUAGCAAGAGCUCCAGUGCUUAAGGUAAAAAAAAAAAAAAAAAAACAGACCCAAUUAAAAAGUCAUGUCAUAUUUGUGGACUGCAAAAAGUGCAAGCUAGGCAUGUUUUCUGCUCGGGUUGACUGUUUUGAAUGUUGCCAAAGUGAUUUGUUUUUAAAGUCGUCUGAUGGUUGUCAUAUGAAGUCGUCGUCAUGGUUGUUGCAAUGAAUGCUUUAGAAAGUUGGAUGAGGACAGGAAGUGAACUUUGAAAAUGUCGUGUCAUGGAAAUGUCCCACUAAGGCUCUGCCAUUUUUAAGGGGGUGGCUGGGUGGGGGAGGAGAGUUAUUUAGCCAGGAGGAAGCCUUCUUAGAGGUAAAUGUGCUGUACUAUAUGCUCACUUGUACUGUGAUGUUCAUUGAUGAUAAUAAUAAAGGUGUCACAAACAAA